AUGGCCCAAAUUCACCUCCCAGAUACAUCCACGGUCGCGAACCUGGAUAUCGCUAGGCUUGCGGCGAAGGACGCCUCCGAGGUCGCGAGGCUGCUUGAAGCCACCCAAAAUCCCGGGUUUUUCUACCUCGACUUCCGCAACGAGCCGACGAUGAACCAUGUCGCUCAGCAGGCGCGUGGCGUCUACACUGUCACUGAGGAAUACUUUGACCAGCCCACCGAGGUCAAGAUGAAGGAUGUACGGGAGGGACAACCGGCCUCGAGUGAUAGAGGCUACAAAUCGUGCGAGACCGAUGAGUCUUUCGAGAUGUCGACGGACGAGAUGCGCCGAGGCACCCUCACGUUCCCUGCCUUGAUGGAAGAGCAGGCCCAACUCGUCAACAACUUCCACUCUGGCUGCCACGACGCCGCCCAUGUACUGCUCGCUCGGCUGGCAGAUGCACUCUCCCUCCCGCUGCAGGAGAAGCACCGCUCGGACCAGUCAAGUGAGAGUGGCCUCAAGCUCAUCGCCGAGCCCACGGUGCCUCUGGCCACCAACGUUCUCGAGAACAAGCAUCGUGACAGCGGCACCCUGACCAUGCUCUUCUACGACAGGUGGGGCGUCCAGGUGUGCUUGUCUGGUGAAGACGAGGAAGAGCGACAGCAGAAAUGGGUCUUCGUUCAAGUCGCCGCUGCAUAG